AUUGGCUGUGCUGGCCACAUGCGUAAUUAGGAACCGAGGCACCAGGCUCGCUCUCGCCCAGUGCUGCUCAGGAGGGAAGAGUGGAGAGGCUUUGCUCCUAAGGAUAUUUACUGGAUGUGGCCGUGAGUGGGGGAGAGACAGAAGAAUACCUUCAAAAUGGAGGAAGAAGAAUAUGAGGAAGUAGUGGAGUACUACAUUGAAGAGACAAUUAUUGAGGAGGGUGAACCACAUGAGGUGAUCACUGAGGUCACCGAGACUGUUAGCACAGACUUCACAGGUCCUAAAACUAUCACCUAUAUUGCUGAACGUGAAGAAACUGCUGUUGGUGAUGCAGCACCUCCAGUCAGAAAGAAGACAAUACGGACAAAAGUGGACCCAUCUAAGUUUUUGACACCUUAUCUGCAACACAGUAAUAAAAUGAAGGACCUAUUCAGUGAGAACAAGUACAAAGAAAAAUUUAGAAAAGAAAAAGGAAAGCCAUAUGCUUCCACGAUUGAUACCCCAGAAAUUCGGAGAAUCAAGAAAGUGCAAGACCAGCUCAGUGAGGUUAAAUACCGCAUGGCUGGUGAAGCUGCUAGAACUAUUUGCCACAUUGAUGAAAAGGCCAAGGAUAUAGAACAUGCAAAGAAGGUGUCACAGCAAGUGAGCAAGGUAUUAUAUAAACAGAACUGGGAGGAGAAUAAGGACAAGUACCUGCUUCCCCCUGAUGCUCCAGAGCUUGUGAAUGCAAUAAAAAACACAGCAAUGUUCAGUAAGAAACUCUAUACUGAAGACUGGGAAGGAGACAAAACAUUAUUCUAUCCGUACAAUGACAGUCCAGAGCUCAGAAGGGUGGCACAGGCUCAAAAGUCUCUGAGUGAUAUUGUCUACAAAAAAGGGCAUGAUGAACGAAAAUCUAAAUAUACUUCUCUGCCAGAUCCACCUGAUGUGGAACAAGCCAAGAAAGUGACAAGACAGCUGAGUGAUAUUAUUUACCACAAGGACUAUAAAGACAAUAUUAAAGGCAAGUGGAGUCAAACUCCAUGCUAUGAUGUUGCAGUUGCGAAAAUGAAUGCAGAAAAUAUAAGUAUGAGGAAAUACCAGGAAGACUUUGAAAACAUCAAAGACCAAAUAUACUUUAUGCAGACUGAAACUCCAGAAUAUGAAGCUAAUAAGCGACUUUCAGAUAAUGUCAGUAAGAUAAAAUACAGAGCAGACUAUGAAAAGAACAAAGCUGUUGCAGAUUAUAAUGUGCUUCCUGCUACAGAGAACCCGUUGCUGAGGCAAUUAAAAGCUGCAGGAAAUGUGCUGAGUGAUAAAUUAUACAAAGAGGCCUAUGAACAAUCAAAAGGAACCAGCAUGAAUUACUGUGACACACCAAAGUUCCAGAUUGAUACUGUUCUGAAGAAUUUUAGUGAUGUAAAAUAUAAAGAUGCAUAUCAAAAGAAUAUUUUGGGACACUAUUUGGGCAGCUUUGAGGACCCACAUCAUACACACUGCAUGAAAGUGGAAGCUAUGAAAAGUGAUAAAAAUUACAAAGCAGAUUAUGAGGAGGAAAAGACAAAAUGCUACUUCCCUCAGACCAUAACUCAAGAGUAUGAAGCUAUUAAGAAGUUAGACCAGUGUAAAGAUCACACCUACAAAAAGCAUCCUGAUCAAACCAAAUUUACUCAGGUGACUGACUCUCCAGUACAGAAGCAAGCACAGAUCAAUAGCAAACAGCUGAGUGAUAUAAUGUAUAAAUCUAAAGGUGAAGAAAUUAUUCACAAGUACCACCUCCCUCCAGAUGUGCCCCAGUUUAUACAGGCUAAAGUUAAUGCCUACAAUAUUAGUGAUAACUAUUACAAAACAGGAUUGGAAGAAUUAAAAUCAAGGGGAUAUGAUCUAAAAAGUGAUGCUAUUCCUAUCCGAGCUGCCAAGGCUGCUAGGCAGGCUGCCAGUGAUGUUAACUAUAAAAAAGCCUAUGAACUUGCCAAGGGUAAACUUGUUGGCUUCAAAAGCCUCCAAGAUGAUCCCAAACUCGUUCAUUAUAUGAAGGUAGCCAAGAUGCAGUCUGAGCGAGAGUACAAGAAAGAUUAUGAGAAAACAAAAACUAAGUACAAUAUUCCACUGGAUAUGGUCAAUGUUGUUGGUGCCAAGAAGGCUCAAGAGAUUGCCAGCAAUGCUAAUUACAAGAACCCCCUACACCACUAUACUUACUUACCAGAUGCAAUGAAUGUGGAGCUGACCAAAAAUAUGAUGGAGAUUCAGAGUGAUAAUGCAUACAAAGCAGAUUAUAAUAACUGGAUGAAAGGUAUUGGUUGGAUCCCCAUUGGCUCACUAGAAGUAGAAAAAGCUAAAAAAGCUGGAGAUGCCUUGAAUGAAAAGAAAUAUCGCCAGCAUCCGGACACCAUUAAAUUUACAAGUGUGGUGGACUCUCCAGUAAUGGUCCAAGCCAAACAGAAUUCAGUUCAACUCAAUGAUAAACUAUACAGAUCUUCUGGAGAGGAAGUUAAACAUAAAUACACUCUUACCCCAGAUGUCCCACAGUUUAUCCAGGCUAGAUACAAUGCAGCUAAUGUCAGUGAUGCAUAUUAUAAACAAGGCUACCAUGAUCUAAUAGCUAAAGGGAACAAUGUGUCACUCGAUGCUAUUCCAAUUACUCGAGCCAAGGCUUCAAGAAACAUUGCUAGUGAUUAUAAAUAUAAAGAAGCAUAUGAAAAGGCCAAAGGAAAACAGGUUGGUUUCAGAAGCCUGCAAGAUGACCCUAAGCUUGUCCACUACCUGAAUGUAGCAAAGAUUCAGUCUGAGCAUGAGUACAAGAAAGACUAUGAGAAGACCAAGACUAACUAUCAUACACCUCCUGACAUGUACAGUAUCCAGGCUGCUAAACAGUCUCAGGAUGUAGCUUCUAAUGCCCACUACAAAAAUCUGAUCCAUCACUACACUUAUCUGCCAGAUGCCAUGGACGUUGAGCUGGCGAAGAACAUGAUGCAAAUUCAGAGUGAUAAUGCAUACAAACAAGAGUAUAACAGCUGGUUCAAGGGUAUUGGAUGGAGUCCUCUCGGUUCGCUGGAUGUUGAAACAGCUAAAAAGGCUGGAGAUGCAUUAAAUGAAAAGAAAUAUCGUCAGCACCCAGACACCAUCAAAUUUACAAGUAUACCAGAUUCAAUACCAAUGGUUUUAGCUCAGCACAACACCAAGCAACUGAGUGAUGUAACCUAUAAGCAAGAGGGUGAAAAAAUGAAACACAAAUACACCCUGGAUCCUGAUGUUCCUCAGUUUAUUCAAGCCAGGGUCAAUGCCUUCAAUCUGAGUGAUGCUAACUACAAAGCAGACUGGAAAAAAACCAUUGCCAAAGGAUAUGAUCUGAAACCAGAUGCCAUUCCUAUUAUUGCUGCUAAAGCUUCUCGAAAUAUUGCAAGUGAUUACAAGUACAAGGAAUCAUAUGAGAAAGAAAAAGGCAAACAGGUUGGAUACCGUAGCCUGCAGGAUGAUCCUAAACUUGUUCAUUACAUGAAUGUGGCCAAAAUGCAAUCAGAUCGUGAGUACAAGAAGGAUUACGAAGUUACCAAGACCAAAUAUCAUACUCCUUUGGAUAUGUUCAGUGUGAUGGCUGCCAAGCAAGCCCAGGAAGCAGUUACAAACACUGGUUAUAAACAGCCAAUUCACAAUUACACACUCUUGCCUGAUGCUGUGAAUCUGGAACUGUCAAGGAAUGUGAUGCAGCUUCAGAGUGAUAAUGUGUACAAAGCAGAUUUUAAUAACUGGUUGAGAGGAGUUGGCUGGAUACCAAUUCAGUCACUGGAUGUAGAAAAGGCCAAAAAAGCUACAGAGAUUCUCAGUGAGAAGAAGUAUCGUCAGCACCCAGACAAGCUGAAGUACUCUAUUACAAUGGAUGCAAUGGAACAAGUGCUAGCUAAGCAAAAUGCCAAGACCAUGAAUAAGAGGCUCUACACUGAUAAAUGGAACAAAGAGAAGACCAGCAUUCAUGUUAUGCCAGAUACUCCAGAAAUUCUGCAGUCUAGAGUGAACCAGGUCACAAUGAGCAAUAAACUUUACAAAGCCGCAUGGGAGGAAGACAAGAAGAAAGGUUAUGACAUGCAGCCAGAUGCUAUUCCAAUAAAAGCAGCCAAAGCCUCCAGAGACAUUGCAAGUGAUUAUAAAUACAAACUAGCCUACGAAAAAGAGAAAGGAAAGCAUAUUGGGUUCCGUAGCCUUGAAGACGACCCCAAGCUGGUGCACUUCAUGCAGGUGGCUAAGAUGCAGUCUGAUCGUGAAUACAAAAAAGAUUAUGAAAAGUCAAAGACUAAUUUCCAUACUCCAGUUGACAUGGUCAGUGUUGUGGCAGCCAAGAAAGCACAGGAAGCGGCUACAAAUGCAAACUACAAAAACUUGAUCCAUACCUACAAUGUUUUGCCUGAUGCUAUGAGUCUUGAAUUAGCCAAAAACAUGAUGCAGAUACAAAGUGAUAAUCAAUACAGAGCAGAAUAUGAUGAAAGUAUGAAGGGUGUUGGAUGGAUGCCACUGGGCUCCCUGGAGGCUGAGAAGAACAAAAAGGCGAUGGAAAUUGUUAGUGAAAAGAAGUAUCGCCAGCAUCCAGACAAGUUGAAGUAUUCUGUUCCUAUGGAUUCCAUGAACAUGGUCUUAGCUUUAAAUAAUGCUAAAAUCAUGGAUGAGCACAAGUACAAACAAGCAUGGGAAGAAGACAAAAAGAAAGUUCACAUCACACCAGAUAUUCCACAGAUUGCUUUAGCAAAAGCUAAUGCCUUUAAUUUAAGUGAUAAAAUGUACAGGCUUUCAUUUGAAGAAUCUAGGAAGAAAGGGUAUGAUCUCAGAGCUGAUGCUAUCCCUAUUAAAGCUGCCAAAGCUUCUAGGGAUAUUGCUAGUGAUUAUAAAUACAAAUUAGGUUAUGAACAAGACAAGGGAAAACUUGUAGGCUUCCGCAGCCUUCAGGAUGAUCCCAAACUUGUCCAUUAUAUGCAAGUGGCUAAGAUGCAGUCUGAUCGUGAAUACAAGAAGGCUUAUGAGAUGAGCAAGACACAUUACCAAACGCCUUCUGAUACACUCAGCAUUGUGGCAGCUAAGGAGGCACAAGAUCGCGUAACCAAUACUAACUACAAACGACUGAUUCACCAAUAUAUGCUUCUACCAGAUGCAAUGAGUUUAGAACUGUACAGAAACAUGAAUCAGAUACAAAGUGAUAAUGAGUACAAGCAGGAUUACAAUGAGUGGUUCAAAGGUAUCGGUUGGAGUCCUGCUGGUUCUCUGGAUGUGGAGAAAUCUAAGAAAGCCACAGAAAUUGCAAGUGAUCGGAAAUAUCGCCAGCAUCCCAGCAUGUUCCCGUUUACAAAACAGAAUGAUGCCAUGGACAUGGUCCUUGCAAAGCAGAAUGCAAAUAUGAUGAACAAACAUGCAUAUACUCAAGCUUGGGAGAAGGAUAAAAUUCAGGUUCAUGUGAUGCCAGAUACACCAGAUAUUCUACAGGCAAAACAGAACAAGGCGAACUACAGUCAGAAACUAUACAAGCUUGGCUGGGAGGAAAUGAUAAAGAAAGGCUAUGACCUCACACCUGAAGCCAUUUCAGUGAAAGCUGCCAAAGCUUCAAGGGACAUUGCAAGUGAUUACAAGUACAAAGAAGGUUACCGCAAGCAGCAGGGACAUCACAUUGGAUUCCGCAGCUUACAGGAUGAUCCUAAGAUGUUGUGGUCUAUGCAAGUAGCUAAGAUGCAGAGUGAGAGAGAGUACAAGAAAGAUUUUGAAAAGUGGAAGACAAAGUUUAAUAUGCCCGUGGAUAUGUUAGGCUUUCUUCUGGCUAAGAAAUGUCAGGAAUUGGUUAGUGAUAUAGACUACAAACAUGUGCUGCACCGCUGGACUUGUCUGCCAGACCAGAUUGAUGUCACCCAGGCAAAGACGGUCUACGAACUACAGAGUGAUAAUGUAUAUAAGUCAGAUCUACAAUGGCUCAGAGGGCUUGGAUGGAGUCCUUUAGGAUCUUUGGAAUCUGAAAAGAACAAGAAAGCUUCUGAAAUACUGAGUGAAAAGAAGUACCGGCAGCACCCAGAUACUAUUAAGUUCACAAGUAUCCCAGAUGCCAUGGAUAUCACUUUAGCAAAAUCUAAUGCCAAAAAUAGAAGUGAUAUACUGUAUAGAGAGGCUUGGGACAAGGACAAGACUCAGGUUCACAUCAUGCCUGAUACUCCUGAAAUUUUGCUGGCUAAAUCAAACUUACUUAACACAAGUGAUAAACAUUACAAGUUAGGAUAUGAAGAGCUGAAGAGGAAAGGCUAUGAUCUUCCUCCUGAUGCUAUACCGAUCAAGUCAGCAAAGGCAUCCAGAGACAUAGCUAGUGAAUACCAAUACAAAACCGGGUACCGAAAGCAGCUUGGCCACCACAUAGGAGCCCGAAAUAUAGAGGAUGAUCCAAAGAUGAUGUGGUCGAUGCACGUAGCCAAGAUCCAGAGUGACAGGGAGUACAAGAAAGCCUUUGAGAAGACAAAGACACACUUCAGUAGCCCAGUGGACAUGCUAGGAAUCGUGCUGGCCAAGAAAUGUCAGGAGCUGGUCAGUGACAUUGAUUACAAGCAUCUUCUGCAUCGGUGGACCUGUCUGCCGGACCAGAACGAUGUUGUACAAGCCAGGAAAGUGUACGACCUUCAGAGCGAUAAUGUGUACAAGUCCGACCUUCUGUGGCUGAGGGGCAUUGGCUGGUUCCCCAGUGGUUCGCUGGACGAUGAGAAGAACAAGAGGGCGAGCCUCAUCCUGAGUGACAAGAAGUAUCGGCAACACCCGGACACCAUCAAAUUCACGAGCAUUCCUGACUCGAUGCCUAUGGUUCUGGCAAAGCACAACUCCGAAAUUAUGAACCAACGCGCGUACACGUCAGCCUGGGAGAAAGAUAAAACCAGCGUUCACAUUAUGCCGGAUACACCUGGUAUUUUGCUAGCCCAGCAGAACAAAGUGAACUUCAGUGAGAAACUGUACAAGCUUGCGAUGGAGGAAGAGAAGAAAAAGGGCUAUGACAUGCGAGCAGAUGCCAUUCCUAUCAAGUCUGCUAAAGCUUCCAGAGACAUUGCAAGUGAUUACAAGUAUAAAGAAGGCUAUCGCAAGCAGCUUGGCCACCAUAUUGGAGCCCGAAAUAUAGAGGAUGAUCCAAAGAUGAUGUGGUCGAUGCACGUAGCCAAGAUCCAGAGUGACAGGGAGUACAAGAAAGCCUUUGAGAAGACAAAGACACACUUCAGUAGCCCAGUGGACAUGCUGGGAAUUGUGCUGGCCAAGAAAUGUCAGGAGCUGGUCAGUGACAUUGAUUACAAGCAUCUUCUGCAUCGGUGGACCUGUCUGCCGGACCAGAACGAUGUUGUACAAGCCAGGAAAGUGUACGACCUUCAGAGCGAUAAUGUGUACAAGUCCGACCUUCUGUGGCUGAGGGGCAUUGGCUGGUUCCCCAGUGGUUCGCUGGACGAUGAGAAGAACAAGAGGGCGAGCCUCAUCCUGAGUGACAAGAAGUAUCGGCAACACCCGGACACCAUCAAAUUCACGAGCAUUCCUGACUCGAUGCCUAUGGUUCUGGCAAAGCACAACUCCGAAAUUAUGAACCAACGCGCGUACACGUCAGCCUGGGAGAAAGAUAAAACCAGCGUUCACAUUAUGCCGGAUACACCUGGUAUUUUGCUAGCCCAGCAGAACAAAGUGAACUUCAGUGAGAAACUGUACAAGCUUGCGAUGGAGGAAGAGAAGAAAAAGGGCUAUGACAUGCGAGCAGAUGCCAUUCCUAUCAAGUCUGCUAAAGCUUCCAGAGACAUUGCAAGUGAUUACAAGUAUAAAGAAGGCUAUCGCAAGCAGCUUGGCCACCAUAUUGGAGCCCGAAAUAUAGAGGAUGAUCCAAAGAUGAUGUGGUCGAUGCACGUAGCCAAGAUCCAGAGUGACAGGGAGUACAAGAAAGCCUUUGAGAAGACAAAGACACACUUCAGUAGCCCAGUGGACAUGCUGGGAAUUGUGCUGGCCAAGAAAUGUCAGGAGCUGGUCAGUGACAUUGAUUACAAGCAUCUUCUGCAUCGGUGGACCUGUCUGCCGGACCAGAACGAUGUUGUACAAGCCAGGAAAGUGUACGACCUUCAGAGCGAUAAUGUGUACAAGUCCGACCUUCUGUGGCUGAGGGGCAUUGGCUGGUCCCCCAGUGGUUCGCUGGACGAUGAGAAGAACAAGAGGGCGAGCCUCAUCCUGAGUGACAAGAAGUAUCGGCAACACCCGGACACCAUCAAAUUCACGAGCAUUCCUGACUCGAUGCCUAUGGUUCUGGCAAAGCACAACUCCGAAAUUAUGAACCAACGCGCGUACACGUCAGCCUGGGAGAAAGAUAAAACCAGCGUUCACAUUAUGCCGGAUACACCUGGUAUUUUGCUAGCCCAGCAGAACAAAGUGAACUUCAGUGAGAAACUGUACAAGCUUGCGAUGGAGGAAGAGAAGAAAAAGGGCUAUGACAUGCGAGCAGAUGCCAUUCCUAUCAAGUCUGCUAAAGCUUCCAGAGACAUUGCAAGUGAUUACAAGUAUAAAGAAGGCUAUCGCAAGCAGCUUGGCCACCAUAUCGGAGCCCGUAACAUAGAGGAUGAUCCAAAGAUGAUGUGGUCGAUGCACGUAGCCAAGAUCCAGAGUGACAGGGAGUACAAGAAAGCCUUUGAGAAGACAAAGACACACUUCAGUAGCCCAGUGGACAUGCUGGGGAUCGUGUUGGCCAAGAAAUGUCAGGAGCUGGUCAGCGAUGUUGAUUACCGCCACUAUCUGCAUCAGUGGGUCUGUCUGCCGGACCAGAAUGAUGUUAUCCAUGCUAAGAAAGCCUAUGAUCUACAGAGUGAUAACUGCUACAAGUCUGACCUUGAAUGGUUGCGAGGCAUUGGUUGGGUCCCACUUGGUUCCUUGGAGGUUGAAAAAGCCAAGAAGGCAGGGGAGAUCCUGAGUGAUAAAAUAUACCGUCAGCCUCCGGACACAAUCAAGUUUACUAGCGUCACUGAUUCUCUAGAGAUGGUCUUAGCCAAGCAGAAUGCAGAGACAAUGAAUAAGCGUUUAUAUACUGAGGCCUGGGAUAAAGACAAGACACAAAUCCACAUAAUGCCUGACACACCUGAAAUCACACUGGCAAAACAGAACAUGCAAAACUACAGUGUGAAACUCUACAAACAGGCCAUGGAAGAAGCAAAAAAGAAAGGCUAUGAUUUGAGAAGUGAUGCUAUCCCCAUUCAAGCUGCCAAAGCAUCCAGGCAAAUUGCCAGCGAUUACAACUAUAAAGAAGGCUAUCGCAAGCAGCUUGGCCACCACAUAGGGGCCCGUAACAUAGAGGAUGAUCCAAAGAUGAUGUGGUCGAUGCACGUAGCCAAGAUCCAGAGUGACAGGGAGUACAAGAAAGCCUUUGAGAAGACAAAGACACACUUCAGUAGCCCAGUGGACAUGCUGGGAAUCGUGUUGGCCAAGAAAUGUCAGGAGCUGGUCAGCGAUGUUGAUUACCGCCACUAUCUGCAUCAGUGGGUCUGUCUGCCGGACCAGAAUGAUGUUAUCCAUGCUAAGAAAGCCUAUGAUCUGCAGAGUGAUAACUGCUACAAGUCUGACCUUGAAUGGUUGCGAGGCAUUGGUUGGGUCCCACUUGGUUCCUUGGAGGUUGAAAAAGCCAAGAAGGCAGGGGAGAUCCUGAGUGAUAAAAUAUACCGUCAGCCUCCGGACACAAUCAAGUUUACUAGCGUCACUGAUUCUCUAGAGAUGGUCUUAGCCAAGCAGAAUGCAGAGACAAUGAAUAAGCAUUUAUACACUGAAGCAUGGAAUAAAGAUAAGACCAUGGUUCAUGUCAUGCCUGACACACCAGAAAUCCUGCUAGCUAAACAAAACCAAUUAAAUUACAGUCAGAAAAUGUACAAAUUAGCUUUGGAGGAAUCGAAGAAGAAGGGUCACGAUUUGCGUUUUGAUGCCAUUCCUAUUCAAGCUGCCAAAGCAUCCAGGGAGAUUGCCAGUGAUUACAAAUACAAAGAAGGCUAUCGCAAGCAGCUUGGCCACCACAUAGGGGCCCGUAACAUAGAGGAUGAUCCAAAGAUGAUGUGGUCGAUGCACGUAGCCAAGAUCCAGAGUGACAGGGAGUACAAGAAAGCCUUUGAGAAGACAAAGACACACUUCAGUAGCCCAGUGGACAUGCUGGGGAUCGUGUUGGCCAAGAAAUGUCAGGAGCUGGUCAGCGAUGUUGAUUACCGCCACUAUCUGCAUCAGUGGGUCUGUCUGCCGGACCAGAAUGAUGUUAUCCAUGCUAAGAAAGCCUAUGAUCUGCAGAGUGAUGCUGUUUACAAAUCAGACCUGGAAUGGCUAAGAGGUAUUGGAUGGGUUCCUAUUGGUUCCAUGGAAGUUGAGAAAGCCAAGAAAGCUGGAGAAAUCCUGAGUGAAAGGAAGUAUCGUCAACCAGCAGAUCAAAUUAAAUUUACUAGUGUGACAGAUUCUUUGGCCAUGGUCUUAGCCAAGCAAAAUGCUGAGAUAAUGAACAAGCGUUUAUACACAGAAGCCUGGGAUGCAGACAAAACAUCAAUUCACGUCAUGCCUGACACACCGGAUAUUUUGUUAGCGAAGGCCAAUGCAGCUAAUGUUAGCCAUAAACUUUAUAUACAAGCCUGGGAAGAGGCCAAAAAGAAGGGUUAUGAUAUGAGGGCUGAUGCAAUUCCAAUCCGAAGUGCAAAGGCAUCAAGAGAUAUUGCGAGUGACUAUAAGUACAAAGAAACGCACGAGAAGCAGAAAGGCCACUACAUCGGGUGCCGAACUGCCCAGGAGGAUCCCAAACUGUCGUGGGCUGCGCGUGCCAUGUUGCUGCAGAACGACCGAAUUUACCGGAAGGCGUACCACGACUCAAAGGCCCAGAUCCACAUACCAGUCGACGCGAUGUCAGUGCAGGCAGCCAAGGAGUGCCAGAAUCUAGUCAGUGAUGUUGACUACCGCCACUACUUUCACCACUGGACCUGUCUGCCUGACCAGAAUGACGUGAUCCAUGCAAGGAAGGCCUACGACCUACAGAGUGAUAAUGUGUACAAGUCAGACCUGGAAUGGUUGCGAGGCAUUGGCUGGUUGACAGAAGGUUCUGUGGACGUGGUGAAAGCAAAGAAAGCCCAGGAGCUCCUGAACGAGAGGUUGUACCGCACACGGCCGGAGGAGUUGAAAUUCACUAGCGUUACUGACUCGCCAGACGUUGUCCAGGCUAAGAUCAAUGCUUUGCAGAUCAGUGACCAUCUGUAUCGUGAAGCCUGGGAUAGAGACAAGACGCAGAUUACCAUACCUUCCGAUACUCCUGUAAUGCUGCAGUCCAAAGUCAAUGCUCUCAACAUCAGCAACAAACAUUAUCAGAAGGCCUGGGAUGAGGCCAAGGCGAAAAGCUAUGACUUAAGAGCUGAUGCCAUUCCCAUCAAACAUGCGAAGGCUUCCAGAGACAUUGCUAGUGAGUACAAGUACAAAGAAACGCACGAGAAGCAGAAAGGCCACUACAUCGGGUGCCGAACUGCCCAGGAGGAUCCCAAACUGUCGUGGGCUGCGCGUGCCAUGUUGCUGCAGAACGACCGAAUUUACCGGAAGGCGUACCACGACUCAAAGGCCCAGAUCCACAUACCAGUCGACGCGAUGUCAGUGCAGGCAGCCAAGGAGUGCCAGAAUCUAGUCAGUGAUGUUGACUACCGCCACUACUUUCACCACUGGACCUGUCUGCCUGACCAGAAUGACGUGAUCCAUGCAAGGAAGGCCUAUGACCUACAGAGUGAUAAUGUGUACAAGUCAGACCUGGAAUGGUUGCGAGGCAUUGGCUGGUUGACAGAAGGUUCUGUGGACGUGGUGAAAGCAAAGAAAGCCCAGGAGCUCCUGAACGAGAGGUUGUACCGCACACGGCCGGAGGAGUUGAAAUUCACUAGCGUUACUGACUCGCCAGACGUUGUCCAGGCUAAGAUCAAUGCUUUGCAGAUCAGUGACCAUCUGUAUCGUGAAGCCUGGGAUAGAGACAAGACGCAGAUUACCAUACCUUCCGAUACUCCUGUAAUGCUGCAGUCCAAAGUCAAUGCUCUCAACAUCAGCAACAAACAUUAUCAGAAGGCCUGGGAUGAGGCCAAGGCGAAAAGCUAUGACUUAAGAGCUGAUGCCAUUCCCAUCAAACAUGCGAAGGCUUCCAGAGACAUUGCUAGUGAGUACAAGUACAAAGAAACGCACGAGAAGCAGAAAGGCCACUACAUCGGGUGCCGAACUGCCCAGGAGGAUCCCAAACUGUCGUGGGCUGCGCGUGCCAUGUUGCUGCAGAACGACCGAAUUUACCGGAAGGCGUACCACGACUCAAAGGCCCAGAUCCACAUACCAGUCGACGCGAUGUCAGUGCAGGCAGCCAAGGAGUGCCAGAAUCUAGUCAGUGAUGUUGACUACCGCCACUACUUUCACCACUGGACCUGUCUGCCUGACCAGAAUGACGUGAUCCAUGCAAGGAAGGCCUACGACCUACAGAGUGAUAAUGUGUACAAGUCAGACCUGGAAUGGUUGCGAGGCAUUGGCUGGUUGACAGAAGGUUCUGUGGACGUGGUGAAAGCAAAGAAAGCCCAGGAGCUCCUGAACGAGAGGUUGUACCGCACACGGCCGGAGGAGUUGAAAUUCACUAGCGUUACUGACUCGCCAGACGUUGUCCAGGCUAAGAUCAAUGCUUUGCAGAUCAGUGACCAUCUGUAUCGUGAAGCCUGGGAUAGAGACAAGACGCAGAUUACCAUACCUUCCGAUACUCCUGUAAUGCUGCAGUCCAAAGUCAAUGCUCUCAACAUCAGCAACAAACAUUAUCAGAAGGCCUGGGAUGAGGCCAAGGCGAAAAGCUAUGACUUAAGAGCUGAUGCCAUUCCCAUCAAACAUGCGAAGGCUUCCAGAGACAUUGCUAGUGAGUACAAGUACAAAGAAACGCACGAGAAGCAGAAAGGCCACUACAUCGGGUGCCGAACUGCCCAGGAGGAUCCCAAACUGUCGUGGGCUGCGCGUGCCAUGUUGCUGCAGAACGACCGAAUUUACCGGAAGGCGUACCACGACUCAAAGGCCCAGAUCCACAUACCAGUCGACGCGAUGUCAGUGCAGGCAGCCAAGGAGUGCCAGAAUCUAGUCAGUGAUGUUGACUACCGCCACUACUUUCACCACUGGACCUGUCUGCCUGACCAGAAUGACGUGAUCCAUGCAAGGAAGGCCUAUGACCUACAGAGUGAUAAUGUGUACAAGUCAGACCUGGAAUGGUUGCGAGGCAUUGGCUGGUUGACAGAAGGUUCUGUGGACGUGGUGAAAGCAAAGAAAGCCCAGGAGCUCCUGAACGAGAGGUUGUACCGCACACGGCCGGAGGAGUUGAAAUUCACUAGCGUUACUGACUCGCCAGACGUUGUCCAGGCUAAGAUCAAUGCUUUGCAGAUCAGUGACCAUCUGUAUCGUGAAGCCUGGGAUAGAGACAAGACGCAGAUUACCAUACCUUCCGAUACUCCUGUAAUGCUGCAGUCCAAAGUCAAUGCUCUCAACAUCAGCAACAAACAUUAUCAGAAGGCCUGGGAUGAGGCCAAGGCGAAAAGCUAUGACUUAAGAGCUGAUGCCAUUCCCAUCAAACAUGCAAAGGCUUCCAGAGACAUUGCUAGUGAGUACAAGUACAAAGAAACGCACGAGAAGCAGAAAGGCCACUACAUCGGGUGCCGAACUGCCCAGGAGGAUCCCAAACUGUCGUGGGCUGCGCGUGCCAUGUUGCUGCAGAACGACCGAAUUUACCGGAAGGCGUACCACGACUCAAAGGCCCAGAUCCACAUACCAGUCGACGCGAUGUCAGUGCAGGCAGCCAAGGAGUGCCAGAAUCUAGUCAGUGAUAUUGACUACCGCCACUACUUUCACCACUGGACCUGUCUGCCUGACCAGAAUGACGUGAUCCAUGCAAGGAAGGCCUACGACCUACAGAGUGAUGCUGUCUAUAAGUCAGACCUGGAGUGGCUUCGUGGAAUUGGCUGGUUGCCUAAUGACUCUCCGGAUGUUAAGAGAGUGAAGCAUGCCCAGGAUCUCCUGAGUGAUAAUGUGUAUCGUACACGUAUUGAAAGCCUGAAAUACACCAGUGUUGUUGAUUCUCCAGACGUUCUUCUAGCUAAAGUGAAUGCCGAACAAGUCAGCAUUCCAAAAUACAAAGAAGCCUGGGAAAAGGACAAGACUAUGAUCCAUAUUAUGCCAGACACACCUGAAAUCAACUUAGCCAAGACUAAUGCUGUUAAUUAUAGCCAGAAACUGUAUAAAGAAGCUUGGGAUGAGUUGAAGAUGAGUUGUGAUUUGAGAGCAGAUGCAAUCCCAAUCAAGGCAGCCAAAGCUUCUAGAGAAAUUGCUAGUGAUUAUAAAUACAAACUGGAUCAUGAGAAGCAGAAAGGACAUUAUGUUGGAGUUCCAAAUGCAAAAGCAGAUAAGAAAAUGAAGUUUGCCCUCGGCAUAGGCAAAGUUCAGAGUGAACUAGAAUACAAGAAACACUUUGCCAAAUGGAAGACACAGUGCCACCUACCAGUAGACAUGCUAUCUAUCGUAGCGGCUAAACAUGGUCAGUCUUUGGUCAGUGAUGUUGAUUACCGUCAUUACUUGCAUCAGUGGGUCUGUCUUCCAGAUCAGAAUGAUGUCAUACAGGCUAGGAAAGCCUACGAUCUUCAGAGCGAUGCUAUUUACAAAUCUGAUUUAGAGUGGUUACGGGGUAUUGGAUGGUUGCCAAAUGAUUCGGUUGGAAUCAACCAUGUCAAACAUGCUGGAGAUCUCUUGAAUGAGAGAAAGUACCGUACAAAAGUCGAAACUCUUCCAUUUACUCCAGUGGCGGACAGAGUUGAUUAUAUCACAGCAAAGAAUAGUGGUGAAAUUCGUAGUGAUAUUAAAUACCACAAGGCAUGGAAUGAGGUCAAGUCAAAUUAUACUCUAACAGAUACGCCACAGCUAGAUAUGGCUCGAGAGGCAGCCAGAAUUCUUAAUCAGAAUUUAUACAAGGAGAGUUGGGAGAAAGAAAAAGCCACUGGUUACCUCUUACCUCCUGACACUGUGCAGAUCUGUCAUGCCAAACGCUCAAAUGAUGUCCAAAGCGAGCUUAAAUACAAAGCUGACUACGUCAAACAAAGAGGUCACUAUGUUGGAGUUCCCAGUAUGAGAGAUGAUCCAAAACUGGUGUGGUUCGAGCAUGCAGGCGAGAUCCAGAAUGACAGGUUGUACAAAUCAGACUAUCACAAAACAAAGUCCAGAGUUCACAUCCCUCCGGAUAUGGUGUCAGUUGUAGCAGCAAAGGAAUGUCAGACCUUGGUCAGUGAUAUUGACUACCGCCAUUACCUGCAUGAAUGGACAUGCCAUCCUGACCAGAAUGACUGUAUUCAGGCAAGGAAGGCCUAUGACCUGCAAAGUGAUAAUAUUUAUAAAUCUGAUUUGGAAUGGCUUCGUGGCUGUGGUUGGAUUCCUCUGGAUUCAGUGGAACAUAAGAAAGUUAAGAAUGCACAAGAACUGAUAAAUAAGAGAGCAUAUACAAAAGAAGCCCUUGAUAAUUUUUCCAAUUAUACCAGUGUGGUUGACACUCCCGACAUUGUUUUGGCAAAGAUUAACUCUGUCAAUCAGAGUGAUUUAAAAUACAAGGAAACAUUUAACCUUGAAAAAGGCCAGUAUAUUGGGUCUGAUGAUACUCCUGCGCUGAACCAUGCCAAAGAUAUGUCCUUACUAUACAGUGAUAAACUCUAUAAAAAAGCUUGGGAAAUCAGCAAGCCCAUUGGAUAUACUUUGGAUGAGAAAUAUAUUCCAGUUGUUGGAGCAAAGCGUGCAAACUACAUAAAUAGUGAGCUUAAAUAUAAGGAAAUAUAUGAGAAGCUGAAAGGCCAUUACCUGGCUGGGAAGGAGAUUGGUGAUUUCCCUAGUGUCAUUCAUUCGCUAGCAUUCCAGAAAAUGAGGAGCGCGUUGGCAUACAGAAAGAAUUAUGAAGACACCAAAGCAAAUGUCCAUAUUCCAAGUGACAUGAUGAAUCACGUGCUAGCCAAGAAGUGCCAGUAUAUCCUCAGUGAUCUUGAAUACCGAACUUACUUCCAUCAGUGGAAUUGUUCACCUGAAGAAAAUGAUGUUGUUCAAGCCAGAAAAGCCCAGGAAAUUUUGAGUGAUGUGGUAUAUAAAGAUGACUUAAAUUGGCUGAAGGGACUUGGAUGUUACGUCUGGGAUACUCCACAAAUCCUGCAUGCUAAAAAAUCCUAUGAUCUCCAGAGCCAAAUAAAAUAUACAGCAGCAGGAAAAGAGAAUUUGCAGAACUUUGGUGUUGUUACUGACACGCCUCUCUAUGUGACUGCAGUGCAGAGUGGUGUAAAUGCUAGUGAUGUGAAAUACAAGCAAGAUUACCACAAAACGAAGGAUAAGUAUACAACUGUGACUGAAACAGUGGAUUCUGAAAGAGUUCAAAAUUUGAAACAUCUCUUUAGCAAUAAUCUCUACAAGAAAGCCUGGGAAAAAGUGAAAGCUACUGGCUAUAUAAUGCCCUCUGAUGCUGUAUCCCUAGCUCGUGCAAAAGAACUGAAGCAUAAUGCUAGUAUUGUAAAAUACCGAGAAGAAUAUGACAAGUUUAAAGCACUGUACACGCUACCCAGAGGUGUUGAGGAUGAUCCCAAUACAGCAAGGUGCCUUAGAGUUGGAAAACUUAAUAUUGAUCGUCUGUACAAGGAAGUCUAUGAAAAGAAUAAAGCCAAAAUCCACAUUAUUCCCGACAUGGUGAACAUAAUUUCUGCUAAGGAUGCACAGAAUAAAGUCAGUGAAAUUGAUUACCGCACACAUCUCCAUGAAUGGAUCUGUCUUCCAGAUCUUCAAAUCAAUGCCCAUGUUCGAAAAGUAACUGAUCAACUCAGUGAUGUGUUAUACAAGGAUGAUCUUAACUGGCUGAAAGGCAUUGGCUGCUUUGUUUGGGACACUCCUGAAAUUCUCCAUGCCAAACAUGCCUAUGAUCUUCGCAGUGAUAUUAAGUACAAAUCUAAGGCAGAAAAAAUGAAAAGUGACUACACUGUGGUCAUGGAAACUCCUGUCUAUGUCCAGAAUGUCCUCAGUGGCUUGAAUUUAAGUGAAGCUGUCUAUCGUGGUGAAUAUAUGCACAAUGUUAAAGGCAAAAUGAUUCCUACUGAUAAAACAGUAGAUUUGGAGCGGGCAUAUCAUGCGAACAAAAUACAGAGUGAAAAUUUAUAUCGCUGGGCUGGUGUGAAUGCUCUACCUACUGGAUACACCCUUCCCACAGAUACUCCCAGCUUUCAGCAUGCUAAAAAUGUCCAAUACAUCGGCAGUGAUCUGAAAUAUAAAGAAGCCUAUGAACACAUGAAAGCUAAAGGAUAUACUCUGGGACCUAAAGACGUUGGGUUUGAAAAUGUGAAGAAAGUGAAUCAAGUCAUUAAUGAGAGGUUGUAUCGGGCAACAUACCACAAGUACAAGGACAAGAUUCAUACCACUCCAGACACACCAGAAAUCCGUCAAGUCAGAGCAACACAGGAAGCUGUCAGUGAUCUGAUCUACAAGUCAGAUUUCUUUAGGAUGCAGGGACACUUGAUUUCAUUGCCAUACACUCCUCAGGUGUUGCACUGCCGCUAUGUUGGGGACAUCACAAGUGAUAAUAAAUACAAGGAGGAUCUGAAGUGGUUGAAGGGCUUGGGUUGCUUUCUGUAUGAUACUCCUGAUAUGGUCCGUGCUCGUCAUCUGCGUAAGCUUUGGUCUAAUUAUAUAUACACGGAUACUGCAAAGAAGAUGUGGGCUAAAUACAAUGUGGUAUUGGAUACUCCUGGAUACAGAGCAGUUCAGGAACUAAAAACCCAUUUGAGUGAACUGGUUUACAGAGCUGCAGGCAAGGAGCUGAAGACAAAAUACACUUCCAUCCUUGAUACACCUGACUUCUUAAGAGCCAAGCAAGGACAAAAAAUACAAAGCCAGUACUUGUACGUGGAACUUGCCACAAAAGAGAGACCUCAUCAUCAUGCUGGUGGUCAGACUCCAGCCUUUACCCAUGCUAGGCACGUAAAGGACAUGGUCAGUGAGAAAAAGUAUAAAACCCAGUAUGAGAAGAUGAAGGACAAAUACACGCCUGUCCCGGACACACCAAUCUUGAUCAGAGCUAAGAGAGCAUACCUGAAUGCCAGUGAUUUGCGCUACAAAGAAACCUUUGAGAAUACUAAGGGCAAAUACCACACAGUGAAAGAUGCUUUGGAUAUUGUCUAUCAUCGAAAGGUCACCGAUGAUAUUAGCAGUGUGAAAUAUAAGGAAAACUAUAUGAGCCAGUUAGGAAUCUGGAGAUCAAUCCCAGACCGUCCAGAGCAUUUCCAUCAUCGCGCAGUCACGGAUGCUAUUAGUGAUGUUAAAUACAAGGAAGACUUAUCAUGGCUCAGAGGCAUUGGCUGUUAUGCAUGGGAUACUCCAAGUUUUGCUCUGGCAGAAAAGAAUAAGGUGCUCUACAGUGGGUGUAAGUACAAGGAGAUAUUUGAGAAGACUAAGUCUCAGUUUCAGUAUGUAGCUGACUCUCCAAUUAACAAGCAUUUUAAACAUGCAACUCAGUUGAUGGAUGGGAAAAAAUAUAAAUCCUUUGCCAAGAUGCUCCUGCAACAUGGAUGUAAUGAAAUUCUGAGGCCAGAUAUGCUGACAGCACUCUACAACACAUACUUAUGGAGCCAGGUUGAAUACAAAAAGGACUAUGAAAAGAAGAAGGACAAGUAUACUAUGGUUGUGGAUACUCCAGAACACUUAAGGACUACAAAAGUCAACAAACAGAUUAGUGAUAUUAUUUACAAGUUGGAAUAUAACAGAGAGAAGCCUAAAGGCUAUACUACAAUCCAUGAUACACCUAUGUUAUUGCAUGUGCGCAAGGUCAAGGACAGAAUAAGUGAUCUGAAAUACAAAGAAGUGUAUGAAAGGAAUAAAUCUCACUGCAAUGUCAUAGCAGAUUCAGUUCAUAUUAAGACUCCAAGGCAUGCUUACAAGCUAAACAGCAAUCUGGAUUAUAAGAAGAAAUAUGAAGCAGCCAAGGCUCAUUGGCACUGGAUUGCUGAUAGGCCUGAUUUUGUUCAAGCAGCCAAGUCAUCUCUGCAACAGAGUGAUUAUGAAUAUAAACUGGACCGGGAAUUCCUAAAGGGAUGCAAACUCUCUGUCACAGAUGAUAAAAACACAGUAUUGGCCUUAAAUAAUGCCAUCCUGGCAAGUGAUAUAAAAUACAAAGAGAAGCACAACAAAGCUCGAGGAACGUGCCUUGUUGUUCCAGAUACACCUCAGAUCCUCCUGGCUAAGAACGUCAGUUCUCUUGUAUCUGAGAACAAAUACAAAGAACAGAGCAAGAAGCAGCUUCCACAUGGAUCUUAUACAACCCUGCCAGAGACACGAGACACUGUUCAUGUGAAAGAGGUGACCAAGAAUGUCAGCGAGACAAACUACAAAGAGAAGUUUGUGAAGGACAGAGGCAAGUCUAAUUAUUCUGUCAUGCUGGAGCCUCCCGAAGUGAAACAUGCCAUGGAAGUUGCUAAAAAACAGAGCACAAUUGAAUACAAGAAAGAUGCCAAGUCCAAGCUCCACUACACACCUAUAGCAGAUCGACCAGAUAUUAAGAAAGCAACUCAGGCUGCCAAGUUAAUUAGUGAUAUUGAAUAUAAAAAGCGUGGAGAAGCUGGCAUUGGCGUAACCAUGCUGGGACGUCCAGAUAUUGAACUGGCAAAGGAGGUGUCCAAGCUAACUAGCCAGGCAGAAUACCUCAAACAACAUAUACGAGGGCAUGGAGCUGCAUCUUAUGAUACCCCAUGGAUGAGAACCUUUAAGAAAGCUAAUAUGCUAAGUAGUCAUGUGAAAUACAAGGAGAAUUUUUCCAAAGAGAUGGGUAAAAAGCCAAAGUAUGAUUUAAAGGAGGCUAAAAUCUACAAGACCAUGAAAGACGCUCACAACAUGGCUAGUGAGGUGAAAUACAAGGCAGAUUUAAAGAAACUUCAUAAGCCUGUCACAGACAUGUCUGAAUCGCUGAUCAUGAACCAUGUCCUGAGUACAAGCCAGCUCGCCAGUGCUUACCAGUACAAGAAGCAAUAUGAGAAGAGUAAGGGUCACUACCAUGUGGUGCCAGAUAAUCUUGAACAGGUUCAUCUAAGGGAGGCAUCAGAACUACAGAGCCACGUGAAAUACAGAGAAAAGUAUGAGAAGGAAAAAGGAAAACCUAUGUUGGACUUUGAAACUCCAACAUACCUUACUGCAAAGGAAUCUCAGCUCAUGCAGAGUGAGAAAGAAUAUAAGAAGGACUUUGAAGAGUCCAUUAAGGGGAGAAACCUUACUGGCUUGGAGAUUACACCAUCCUUAUUACAUGUCAAAUACGCAACCAAAAUAGCAAGCGAGAAAGAGUACAGGAAGGAUCUGGAGGAAGGUGUCAAAGGUAAAGGACUAACAGCUUUAGAGGAAACUCCAGACAUGUUAAGAGCGAAGAAUGCAACUCAAAUCCUGAACGAGAAAGAGUACAAAAAAGCCUUGGAAUUAGAAAUCAGAGGAAAAGGUCUGACAGAACUGGCUUUGGAGACACCAGAUUUUGUGAGAGCAAAGAAUGCCACUGACAUUGCCAGCCAGAUCAAAUAUAAACAAUUGGCAGAAAUGGAGAAAGCCAACUACACCAGUGUUGUCGAUACUCCAGAGAUUAUUCAUGCCCAGCAGGUCAAGAACCUUUCGAGCCAGAAAAGGUAUAAGGAAGAUGCAGAAAGGACUAUGCCAUACUAUGUGCCUGUAGCAGACACACCAGAAAUGCAGAGAGUCCGUGAGAAUCAAAAGAACUUUAGCACACUUCAGUAUCAGUGGGACCUACAGAACAGUAAAGGUAAAGUUACAGUUGUACAAGACACACCAGAAAUGCUGCGUGUGAAAGAAAACCAGAAGAAUUUCAGCUCGAUUUUAUAUAAAGAAGAUAUUGGAACUGGAACUACUAUUGAAAAGACACCAGAGAUGCAGAGAGUUAAAAAAACCCAGGAUGCAAUCAGCUCGAUUAAAUACAAGGAGAGUAUUGGAAAAGGAACUCCAAUUCCUGAUCUUCCAGAAGUGAAGCGUGUCAAGGAGACACAGAAGCACAUCAGUUCGGUAUUGUACAAAGAGGACCUAGGGACAGGUAUCCCAACACCUGUCACUCCAGAAAUAGAGAGAGUCAAACGCAAUCAAGAACACAUUAGCUCGGUGUUAUACAAAGAGGGCUUAGGGACUGGCAUCCCAACACCGGUUACUCCAGAGAUGGAGAGAGUGAAACGUAAUCAAGAGAACAUUAGCUCGGUGUUGUACAAAGAGGGGCUGGGGAUUGGAACCCCAGUACCUGUAACUCCUGAGAUGGAGAGGGUCAAACGCAAUCAAGAAAACUUUAGCUCGGUGUUAUACAAAGAGGAUCUGGGGACAGGAACCCCAACACCUGUCACUCCUGAGAUUGAAAGAGUCAAACGCAAUCAAGAGAACUUUAGCUCGGUGUUGUACAAAGAGGAUCUGGGGACAGGAACCCCAACACCUGUCACUCCUGAGAUUGAAAGAGUUAAACGCAAUCAAGAAAACUUUAGCUCGGUGUUGUACAAAGAGGAUCUGGGGACAGGAACCCCAAUACCUGUCACUCCUGAGGUUGAGAGAGUCAAACGCAAUCAAGAACACAUUAGCUCGGUGUUGUACAAAGAAAGCGUGGGGACUGGAACCCCCACCCCGAUCACUCCAGAGAUGGAGAGGGUCAAACGCAAUCAAGAAAUCUGUAGCUCGGUGUUGUAUAAAGAAAACAUAGGGAAAGCAACCCCAACACCUGUCACUCCUGAGAUGGAGAGAGUCAAACGCAAUCAAGAAAUCAUUAGCUCGGUUUUGUACAAAGAAAAUGUGGGGAAAGUGACCCCAACACCAAUCACUCCAGAGAUGGAGAGAGUCAAACGCAAUCAAGAAAUCAUUAGCUCGGUGUUGUACAAAGAAAACUUGGGGCGAGCAACCCCCACACCUAUCACUCCAGAGAUGGAGAGAGUCAAACGCAAUCAAGAACACAUUAGCUCGGUUGUAUACAAAGAAGGCUUAGGGAAGGCAACCCCUACACCAGUCACUCCAGAGAUGGAGAGAGUCAAACGCAAUCAAGAACACAUUAGCUCGGUUGUAUACAAAGAAGGCUUAGGGAAGGCAACCCCUACACCGGUCACUCCAGAGAUGGAGAGAGUCAAACGCAAUCAAGAACACAUUAGCUCGGUUUUGUACAAGGAACAUCUAGCAAAAGGAACUCCAACACCAAUGACUCCAGAGAUGGAGAGAGCUAAACGCAAUCAAGAAAACAUCAGCUCGGUUCUUUAUUCAGAUAGUUUCCGAAAACAAGUACAAGGCAAAGCUGCGUAUGUGCUGGAUACACCUGAAAUGCGACGUGUACGAGAGACCCAGAAACAUAUCUCUACAGUGAAAUACCAUGAAGAUUUUGAGAAAAGCAAAGGUAGUUUCACACCUGUAGUUACUGACCCCAUUACAGAACGCGUGAAAAAGAACAUGCAGGACUUCAGUGACAUUAGCUAUAGGGGCAUUCAAAGGCGAGUAGUAGAAAUGGAGCAAAAGCGCGUGGACCAGGAUCAAGAGAAUCUCACAGGUCUUCGUGUGUGGCGCACUAAUCCCGGGUCAGUCUUUGACUAUGACCCAGCAGAAGACAAUAUUCAGUCCAGAAGCUUACAUAUGAUCUCUGUCCAAGCCCAGCGCCGCAGCCGGGAGCACUCCCGCUCCGCCAGUGCCUUGAGCCUGAGUGGUGGUGAUGAAAAAUCUGAACCCUCGGACGGCGCGGAUCAACAUUUGUCCUACUACAGCGAUGGGGGCUUCUUUGCCACAACUACAACAGUGGGCUACAAACAUGCAAAAACCAUAGAGUUACCACAGCAACGGUCAUCAUCAGUUGCCACCCAGCAAACAACGGUGUCAUCGGUUCCUUCUCACCCCUCUACUGCUGGUAAGACCUACCGGGCCAUGUAUGACUAUAUGGCAGCUGAUGCUGAUGAGGUUUCCUUCAAAGAUGGUGACACAAUUGUAAACGUACAAGCAAUUGAUGAAGGCUGGAUGUAUGGGACUGUCCAGAGAACCGGCAAGACUGGCAUGCUGCCAGCCAACUACGUCGAAGCUGUCUAAACCAAAGCACGUGUUUCCAUAAAGCAUAUCUGCAUGGCCCAGACAUGCCGGCACUUCUUAAAAUGUAAGCCUUAGAAAAGGGUUUGUAACACUUUGGAAACAAAGUGCCUUACUGUCUUCCAUGUUGAUAGUGCCUUAUGAACCAUGAUGUGGGCAAAAAAAAACAAACCAGGAAAAAAAAAAAAGUAACUGCAGAGCAAAACAGUCUUGAAAAAUCCUUGAAAAAUGUUUUUGAGAAUUACCUGUAAACACACUACUAGGCAUUGCUCAUGAGAACUGUAUUUCUUCCAGUGUCAAAAAAAAAAAAUUUUUAAACAUUGCCUGGACUUUCAAACAUUUCAACAUCACAUACCAUCACAAUGUUUAACUAUGCUACAACUGCAAUCCAGUUCAGCAUCUCUGAAAUUCUAUCUAUACAUGUACUUAAGACUACGACUCCCAAGUAUUACUUCAUUCAUUUUCCCAUAAAGAGAGUAUUUUUAUGGUCUAUUCUAAACUGUUUGAAUGUAUUCACUUCUUUUCCAUAUAAGCAACAUUUAAGCUUAGUAUCUCAAACCAAUGUUUAGCUGGGGGGGGGGUAACAAACCAACCAACCCAAAACCAAAAGCCUCUCCUCCUGCUUGCUGAGCUGUUAUGCAUGUGUUUUCCAUGCAACUGUUCUGGGGUCAAAAGCUGUUAUUACUUGUAAAUUAGUGACUAAAUAAAGCUAAUGUUUCUGCAGUA